CCGGCGCGCUGACGGGUCUCUGGAUCUGACAGUGCUGGGCAUGAACAGCGGUACUGCUAUGGACGGUAUCGACUGCGCCCUCGUGCGGUACCGCCAAGAGUCGCCGACUGCUCCUCUACAUAUGGAGGUUCUCAAGUACGACGAGAUCCCCGUGCCGCAGCGGAUGAAGAAGCCCAUCCUCAAGAUGCUCCGCGAGACCAGGACAACACCUAGCGCCAUGUCGCAGCUGAACGUCCAGCUGGGCGAGAUGUUUGCCGAUGCCGUGCACGAGUUCUGCGGGAAGCACAACGUCGCCAUGGACAGCAUCGAUCUGAUCGGCUCGCACGGCCAGACUAUCUGGCUGCUCAGCAUGCCCAAGCAAGGCGAGACGCGCUCUGCCUUCUGCCUGGGAGAAGGCACCAUCAUCAGCGCCCAGACAGGCAUCACGACCAUCACCGACUUCCGCCAGGCCGAACAAGCUAUUGGCCGACAGGGCGCACCGCUGGUUGCCCUCAUCGACGGCCUCCUCCUCCACCACCCGAAUAAGAUGCGGCUGUGCCAGAACAUUGGGGGCAUCGCCAAUCUCUGCCUGAUCCCCCCCGACAGCGAGGGCGGCGUCGACGCCAUGGUCGACUGGGACUGUGGGCCGGGUAACAUGUUCAUCGACGCCGCCAUGCGGCACUUCACCAACGGCGAGAAGGAGUACGACGAGGACGGCAAGUGGGCCGCCCAGGGUACCGUCAACCAUCAGAUCGUCGAAGACUUUCUGGCUGCCAACGCCUACAUCAACCAUCACCCGCCCAAGACGACGGGCCGCGAGGUGUUCGGCGAUAACGAGUGCCAAGAAAUCAUCGACAAGUGCGAGGCGGCCGGAUGCAGCAAGUAUGACACGCUGGCGACAGUCACACGCAUCACGAGCCAGAACAUCAUCCGCCAGUACCGCACCUUCCUGCCCAGUUACGGCAUCGACCCGGACCAUAUCGACGAGAUUUUCAUGUGCGGCGGCGGCGCGCGCAACCCAAACAUAAUCAAGUACCUUCAGGAGCAGCUGCCCAAUACGCGCAUCUGCAAGCUCGAUGAGACGGGCGUGCCUGCAGACGCCAAGGAGGCCAUCAGUUUCGCGCAGCAGGCCGUCGAGGCACUCCUAGGCCGUGCCGCCCUCGUGCCUAUCAACAGCGACUCACUCACGCCCAACUGCAUAUCUGGUAAGAUCGCGCCGGGAAAAAAAUGGAGGGAGCUGAUGAGGAUGUGCGUUGCAUUUGGCAAUACUUGGGAGGGAGAGGGGCCGCUGCCGACUGUCAAGGAUAUGGUUGUGGAUAAGCCUUAUACGGAGUGGAAGCCGUAAAGGUGUCGGAGCCCUGGCGUAGGCUUAGGUUCUCAGCUCGAAUACAGAUCUGUUGAUUGGCUAGGACAAUUGAAUGGGCGCUCAAGAGGUAGGUCAGCAGCUCACAGCCUAAAUCGCCAGCGUAGUCACAUCAGUAUAAUAUUCUCUAGUAACAGACUAGCAAUCUCAUCCACAUAGCGACUG